GCACUUUUGUUUUGCUUCUUUACACGAAAACAAUUACAAUGAAAAUCUGAGAAUAUGAUAUCAUACAGAAUGACACAUACCUUUUGACAGUUUCGAUUGUCAGUUUCGAAAAUAGACAUUGUAGACGCACCCCAAUUAAAUACAGUCAAACUCAACCUACAAUGGAAUUGUGAAAUUAACAAUGUCUAUGGAAUAGUGAUUUAAAUUGUGUUUUAUUUUUAAUUUUUAAUUAAAAUAUUGAAUUAUUGUGUGUUGAAUGAGUGCAGCUUUGGAAUUCGCUUGAACAGUCAUGAUAAGCUAUUGUAACAAAUUGAUUUUGGCGCCAAUGGUGCGAGGCAGCAGACUACCAACGAGACUCUUAGCACUGAGGUAUGGAGCCGAUCUUGUAUACACCGACGAAUUAAUUGAUCUUAGUUUGUUGAUGUCGAAACGGCGGGUCAAUGACAUUCUUGGCACAGUGGAUUAUGUGAACGAAGCGAAUGGAUAUUGUACAUUCAGAACGUGUCCUGAAGAAAAGGAUCGACUUAUAUUUCAAAUGGGAACAGCUAAUCCUGAUCGAGCUGUUGCGCUGGCAAAAUUAGUACAAAAUGAUGUGUCCGCCAUUGAUGUUAAUAUGGGCUGCCCAAAACCCUACUCAACUGACUUUGGCAUGGGAGCAAAACUUUUACUGAAUGCAGAUAAUGCGAAGAGAAUUCUAACCAAUCUAGUGAAGAACAUACCGUUGCCGAUCACAUGUAAAAUACGGAUAUUUGACAAUGUUGAAGAUUCAAUUAAAUUAGCGAAAGAAUUUGAAAGUACUGGAAUAAGUGCGAUAGCCGUUCAUGGAAGAACUAAAAAACAAAAAUCCACUGAACCAGUUAACAAAGAUGCCAUUCGACAAAUUGCCGAAAAUCUAAAAAUUCCAGUCAUAGCAAACGGUGGAUCAGAUGACAUUGAGACCUAUGACGAUAUUGAAAAGUUUCGUAACGAUUGUGGUGCAUCGAGUGUUAUGAUUGCAAGAGGCGUACAAAAGAAUGUCAGCAUCUUUCGCAAAGAAGGAUUGAUUCCACAUGAAGAGGUGACACGGGAUUACUUAAAACUGUGCGUUGACUAUGACAAUUCCCUAGCAAAUACAAAAUAUGUAAUAGGAAAGAUGUACAAAGCAAAUACUGAUAAAAUUCAAAAAAAGAAAUUCAGUCGGGAAUUUGAGGAUGCAGAGAGCAUGGAGCAAAUUUGUCGUCAUUGGGGUCUAAAGGAUUACUGCCGCGAGGUGCACGGUGCUUACGCUGCAAAAGGACAUGUGCACUUGCCGUGCUCACCAUUGACACAAUUAGAAGAUAUAUCAACCGAAAUAUUUGAAUACCGAAAGCACUUGUACAAGGAUGAAAACAUAAAGUUCUCCUUAAUGAAAUUCAUCCGAAGAUAUUUCGGUUUAGAAACACUUCCCAAGACGUUAGUAUACGGUUAUGCUGGUCGAAAUAAAUUACCGCCACCGGUGUAUGAAACAAGACGAGAAGAUCGUCUCUACUACACCGUUAUUACUUUUAAUGGGCAGAAAUAUGCAUCGUUAAUUUGGGAUCGAGAGAAACGCAAUGCAGAACAAACGGCUGCUUUGGUGAUGUGUCACCAUCUGGGGCUGUUCGAGGAACAUUUCCUAACGGUUAUAGGUUGUCUGCUGGAUCAUUUAUCCAACGAUGAAAUCAGAGAACACAUGCAAUAAUUUUAAUUGAGAUUUUUAAUAGAAAAUGUUAAUAAAAUGAUUUGAAAACAAAA